GAACCUGAAACCAGCCGCGUGAGUCGGUGACGCGGACUGCGCCUGCGCGCCUGGGGAGCGGGUGACCCGAGGAAGAGACUGGUGCGCCGCGGGGACCGGGCAGGGCGCCCUGUCGGAGUGCACUGCGCCGGACACUUCAAGCCCUGGAGGGACAGGAAAGCCAGAAAUGGACUUCGUGAGGCUCGCUCGACUGUUCUCCAGGGCCCGCCCCAUGGGACUGUUCAUUCUGCAACACCUGGACCCCUGUAGAGCCAGGUGGGCGGGAGGCAGGGAGGGGCUGAUGUGGCCAGUGUGGGCGCCCUUCAGCAGCUCCUCCUCUCAGCUGCCCCUUGGCCAGGAGCGCCAAGAGAACACAGGAAGCCUGGGCUCUGACCCGAGCCAUUCCAACUCCACGGCCACACAGGAAGAAGACGAGGAGGAGGAGAGUUUUGGGACCCUCUCUGACAAAUACACCUCCCGGAGACUAUUCCACAAAUCCACAGCCCAGUUCCAUAACCUGCGGUUCGGGGAACAGAGAGAUGAGCAAAGGGAACCAGAGCCCAAAUUAUGGCGAGGCCGGAGAAACACCUCGUACUGGUACUUCUUGCAGUGCAAACGCCUGCUCAAGGAAGGGAAGCUGGUCGAAGCCCUGGACCUGUUUGAGAGGCAGAUGCUGAAGGAGGAGCGAUUGCAGCCCAUGGAGAGCAACUACACGGUGCUGAUCGGGGGCUGCGGGCGGGUCGGCUACCUGAAGAAGGCCUUCAAGCUCUACAACCAGAUGAAAAAGCGGGACCUGGAGCCCUCGGACGCCACCUACACGGCCCUGUUCAACGUCUGUGCCGAGUCCCCCUGGAAGGACUCAGCUCUGCAGAGCGCCCUGAAGCUCCGGCAGCAGCUGCAGGCCAAAAACUUCGAGCUCAACUUGAAAACGUACCACGCGCUGCUGAAGAUGGCUGCCAAGUGUGCAGACCUUAGAAUGUGCCUCGAUGUGUUCAAGGAAAUCAUCCACAAAGGGCACGUGGUCACAGAGGAGACCUUCAGUUUCCUGCUCAUGGGCUGCAUCCAAGACAAGAAGACGGGCUUCCGGUACGCCCUCCAGGUGUGGCAGCUGAUGCUGAGUCUGGGGCUACAGCCGAGCCGAGACAGCUACAACCUGCUGUUGGUGGCAGCUCGGGACUGUGGCCUAGGGGACCCCCAGGUGGCCUCAGAGCUGCUUCUGAAGCCCAGGGAGGAGGCGACCGUGCUUCAGUCCCCAGUGAGCAGGCAGCGGCCAAGGAGGACAGCCCAGGCCAAGGCAGGCAACCUCAUGUCAGCCAUGCUGCACGUGGAGGCCCUGGAAAGGCAGCUGUUUCUGGAACCUUCUCAGGCACUUGGGCCUCCAGAGCUUCCGGAAGCCAGAGUGCCCAGCAAGGCCCAACCAGAGGUGGAUACCAAGGCAGAGCCCAGCCACACAGCGGCCCUCACCCCAGUGGCCCUGAAGCCACCUCCCAUGAAGCUGGAAGUCAACCUCCUGACCCCCGGGGCCGUUCCCCCCACCGUGGUCUCCUUUGGAACAGUGACCACCCCAGCUGACCGGCUGGCCUUGAUAGGGGGCCUGGAGGGCUUCCUGAGCAAGAUGGCAGAGCACAGGCAGCAGCCCGACAUCAAGACCCUCACGCUACUGGCCGAGGUGGUGGAGUCCGGGAGUCCUGCAGAGUCCUUGCUGCUGGCUCUCCUGGACGAGCACCAGGUGGAGGCCGACUUGACAUUCUUUAACACGCUGGUGAGAAAGAAGAGCAAGCUCGGAGACCUGGAGGGGGCCAAGGCGCUGUUGCCGGUCCUGGCAAAGAGGGGCCUCGUCCCCAACCUACAGACAUUCUGCAACCUGGCCAUCGGGUGCCACAGGCCAAAGGACGGUCUACAGCUUCUCACAGACAUGAAGAAGUCCCAGGUGACCCCCAACACUCACAUCUACAGCGCCCUCAUCAACGCGGCCGUCAGGAAGCUGAACUACACCUAUCUCAUCAACAUCUUGAAGGACAUGAAGCAGAACAGGGUCCCGGUGAACGAAGUGGUCAUCCGCCAGCUGGAGUUUGCAGCCCAGUACCCUCCCACCUUUGACCGGGUGUGUGCCCCAAGCUCAAAAGCUCAUCAGCUCCUUCACCAUUGCUAUGUCCCACCACCACCCAACCCCGGUUCUGGCCCUUGGGAUUGUGUUCCCAUACUUGAAACUGUCCAGCAGCUUCCCUUAGGAGCAGUCCCCCAGUCUGUAGACCACAGCCUGCAAGUCCCUGUCCACGUGGCUCAUCUCAUGUCUCAGGCCAGCCUUGCCUUUGCUGCCUCUGUCCGUCCCAGUGGCCUUCUGUCAGUUCCCAAAGGCCACCAGCCUCUUGCCUUCCUCAGGGGAUUGGCGUUCCCCCUGCCUCGGGUGGCACCUACUUUCAUGUGGCGGGCUCUUUCUCCUGGAGGUCUCUGCUUAAGUGGCCCUCAGAGAUGCCCAGCUGGCUGCCACUCCAACCUGGGGUGAAAGUCUCCCCUCCCCCUUCCCACUCUGUUCCUUUAUGCCGUGUCCUACAGUCUCGGAUCAUGUGCUCACGGACAGCCCUGGCCUUCCUUGUAUCAGGCCUCUGGAGGCAGAGGCUGUCUGCCGUGCUCAUCUGGGUCCAAAGCACCUGCACGUUGCCGGGUACUCCAAACAGGUUGUUGCUUGCUCAGGGACUGGGCAGGCAGUGAAGUGGUGUCAUUGUCUGGGGUGAAUACCCGAGAUUUGUUGAGCCAAGACUGCGCCACUGCACUCCAGCCCGGGCGAUAGAUGGAGACUCGGUCUCACAAAAAAAACGGUUAAGAGCUGAAGUUUAAUAGGUGAAAGAAAGAGAAGAGCUCUUGCUGGGUGCAGUGGCGAAAAAAAAAAAAAGGGAAGAGCUCUGUGCUUGCAGAGAGGUGCCAGAGAAAUGGGUUGCCACUUCCAUAGUGUAAUGCAGAGGUUUUGUACAUGCUUGGGGAGGUGGUAUCUGAUUUACAAAGGAUGCAAAAGAUUGGUUGGACCAGGUGUGCCAUUUACAUAGUAUGUAUAAAAGCUGUUGCCCUACCUUAACCUCUUAUUAUGUAGACAGGUGGCCGUCGCCAUGUUGCCUGGUUCUUUACUGUACACGUGGCGACAAAGGGAAGAUGGGGUCCCCACGUUGAACAUAUCUGGCUCCCAGGUAGCCCUUUUCUGUUGGCACAGCCGCCAGCAUUUACCCCUGCAAGCUUCCAGUUUGCUUAUCUAUGUCUGCAGCUCGAUUUUUCAGGCUGCUCUUUGUUAGAAAAGAAAUUAUCUGGGGGCUGCUUUUUAUUAAAAGGGAAAUUUCGCCAAGGACUCUGUUGCCCUUACUGUCUGCCUAAAUAAUUUCUUUCAACCUCCUGUAUCAGCAGGAGCAGGGCAGAGUCAUGGAAUCUGCUUUGUCACGGCCACAGCCUCUCCCUGCUGUUCUGAAGGCUAUCACGCUCUGGGGGUUUGGCUCUUGGGUCCAUCGAGUCACACUCUGUGCUGAGCAUCUCCAGAGCAUCCAGAGCCACUAUGGCUUGAAGCACAACCUGGAUGGGGCGGAAACACGUAAAUGGGCAGGGACACACAUAGCUAGAGGGUGCGGGGUCAGGAAUGCCAGGCAGGUGUCACGCCUGAAUGCCAUUUUGAGGGCUUCCUACAAAUAGGUGGGAGAGCAAUGGAGAUUGUGCCUGGCUGAAGGCAUAGCUGGGCAUUUUUGAACUGUGUGUCUGUGCUUUGAACUGUUGGUUGUGAGCCUUUUCUUAUUGAUUCCAGGGUUUUUUAUAUAUUCUGGGUACUGGUUUUUUGUUGAUUACAUGUUGUGCAUAUCUUCC